CUGCAGGAAACAUGGAACUUGACCACUCCAUUUCUUCAGUUAGACCGCAUGCCUCAAGUUCCCUCACUGUCCGAAGGACUGGCCUCCGCAGUGUAGCACCCCAGCUGGACGUGGCCUGCUCAGUACAGGCCUGUCCCCUCCCUCCUUCCAGAACCUGCGCUCCUACUAAGGCAACCUGCAUGUUUGGCCGGCCACUCCUGCAGGGACACACCCGGAGCGUGCCCCAAGUGGUCCCCGACGCGACGCAGGUGCCGUACUCCUCUCGUGGAGGCAGAGACGGAGGUGUCUGCGGUGUUGCUGUGGGCUACCCCCUGGACACGGUGAAGGUCAGGAUCCAGACGGAGCCCAAGUACAAGGGCAUCUGGGACUGUGUCCGGGACACGUAUCACCGGGAGCAGCUGCGGGGCUUCUACAGGGGCCUCUCACUGCCCGUGUGCACCGUGUCCCUGGUCUCCUCCGUGUCCUUCGGCACCUACCGCCACUGCCUCGCGCACAUCUGCCGGGUCCGCUACGGCAGCGCUGACGUCAAGCCCGCCAAGACCGACAUCACGCUCUCGGGGUUUGCCUCCGGCCUCGUCCGCGUGUUCCUGACCUCGCCCACCGAGGUGGCCAAGGUCCGCCUGCAGACGCAGACGCAGGCGCAGCAGCGGCGGCGUCCCUCGGCCUCGGGGCCCUUGGCCACGCCCCCCACGUGCCCCGUGCCCCCCGCGGGUCUGCCGGCCGGGCCCAAGUACCGCGGGCCGCUGCACUGCCUGGCCACGGUGGCCCGGGAGGAGGGGCUGCGUGGCCUCUACAAGGGCAGCUCGGCCCUGCUCUUCCGGGACGGGCACUCCUUCGCCACCUACUUCCUCUCGUACGCCAUCCUCUGUGAGUGGCUGACUCCUGCCGGCCAUAGCAGGCCAGAUGUCUCGGGCGUGCUGGUGGCCGGUGGCUGUGCGGGGGCGCUGGCCUGGGCCGUGGCCACGCCCAUGGACGUGAUCAAGGCGCGCCUGCAGGCGGACGGCCGGGGCCGCUGUCGCUACCGGGGCCUCCUGCACUGCGUGCUGACCAGCGUGCGGGAGGAGGGGCCGCGCGUGCUCUUCAAGGGGCUGCUGCUCAACUGCUGCCGUGCCUUCCCCGUCAACAUGGUGGUGUUCGUGGCCUACGAGGCCGUGCUGAGGCUCACGCAGGGCCUGCUCACAUAGCUGGUGCCCCCCACCCACCCCAGGCCGGGGGGCGCCAACCUGCCAAGAGCUCCCAAGGGGGCUGCAAGGAGCUAGAGGAGGCGGAGGGGAGUGCGAGGGUCUGGACCCAGGGGGCUAAUACCCGCCGGCCCGGCCAGGGCCUGCCCGCCCGGCGACAGACCAUGAGGGGAGGUGGGGGGCCCUGCCUGCCGCUGGCUCGGUUGACCUGAGGGUCAGAGCCAGGAAGGAGCGGCAGGCCCCUGGGGAUAAGGAUGUGUUGGCCCAGGGCUGUCUGUGCAUUUGGUUGGUGGGUCCGUCCCUGGCUUCCCUUUCAGCCUUCCCCGCCGCCCUGGGUCCUCAGGGCACCCCUGCGUCCAGCUGACACCCCCUCCUGCACCCCACCCUCCUCAGUCAGCUCUCCCUGCUCUGUGGGCCGCCCUUCAGGCCUGGGACCCGGGCACAGCCGUCGGGCGCCCGCCGGCGCGGUCCCUGCACCAGGCAGCCCCGGGAGCUUAGUGUGAGGCCUGGUCCCCCUUGUUCCACCUGCAGAGCCAGGACUCAGCGGGGAGCUGUUGCUAAUAACACGUUUUUCUCAGGCUGCUCA